GCGCGCUGGUAUUAUAAGCGACGGACAGACGCUUUUGCUAGAGUUAGAAGCGACACAUUAUUCUUGUAGUCUGGUAAUAAAACACCUAUAUUAAAAAUAAAUAAAUAAGUACAACAGUUAAAUACUUAAGUAGACACACCACUACAGAGUCUGGCCGUGGUUCGGUGUUUGCGGGUUUGAAUCCUAUAAUCGUCUUUGAGUCGAAGGAAAAAUUGGGAUUUAUGCACACAAUCAAGAAUCGAUUAUUUCAAGUUGAAAGCACGAAACUACUUUUUGUGGGUAUUUUAGGGUCCGUCUCCAUCCCCUGUCCCUCAUGGCUCUGUCACUCAGGGACCCCCCACAGAGGCGGCGUUCACUUGGACCCAUCUCCCCUAAACGGCUCUACAGGAACCUGUCUGUCAGGCUGAGGGGCGGGGCCUCCAUUGACCAAUCACAGCCCUCCACCACGCGCAAGGUGGAUAGCGGGCGGCAUAACAGGAAGUCAGCAGCGUCCUAUCUCUCUCUCUUCGACGCAGUGGAGAAUGAAGACACUCAGGCAGUCCACCUCAUGCUCUCCUCUGCUGGUCUGCUGAAGGAGGAUCUCAAUGGUUUGAGCUCGGAGGGACUGGUUCCCAUGGACGUUGCUGUACUCACCAGUAACACCCCACUGGUCAGGAUACUGUCACAGGCUGGAGCCAGGGACAACCCCCACUUGACCAGCACUGAGGAGAGGGGGUCUCAUCUGAGUGGUCUGGUCUUGGAGGCUGGGCGCAGGGUUCUAGAGCUUACCAGGGAGGUGAAGAAAGGGCUUCAAACAGAAGAGGAGGAGGGAUCCCAGAAGAGGAGGGAGCUUAGAGUGUGGACCCUGAGGCUGCAGCUCUACACCAGGAUGAGAGACAACUACCAGAGCACAGUAGCCCCGGGCCCUCCCAGUAAUGUAGCUAUACAGGUAACCAGUGAGACCUCACUCAUGGUAACAUUUCGGGAGCCGACGAGUGGCCCAAAUUCAGGGAUUAUCACUCAGUACAAAGUGGAGUGGAGUUGCAACGAGAGCUUUAACCCUUUGUGUGGCUGGGAGACAGUUCAUGAUCUGAGGGUCUUGCAGUUCAGCAUCACCGGACUGACUCCAGGGCUGCGAUAUUUCGUGCAAGUCUUCGCCUACAAUGUGAAGGGGUGGGGGCCUGCUCAGAACUCCAGCCCUCCCAGUGCUGUACCCUCUAGUUGGAAGGAGUGCUGCAGUGUGAUCCGGAGGAGGAGGGAGCAGGAGAGAGCUGUGACCAAAUUGCUGGAGCAAGUGGAAGAGCCACAGUACAGAGGAUUCUUCAUAGAGACCUCAAAAGUCCUUGCUCCCAGUAAGAGUCUGUCUGUGUCCCGCAGCCUCAAGCAGCUCUUCCACUCGGCAAAUAAGUUUGCCCGCUGCCUUCAGAGGGGGGUAUACCUGGCAACUGUUUUCUACCAUAAAGACAACAUCCUGGUUACUGCCGAGGAGCAGAUCCCAUUGGUGGAGAUCGACAGCUGCUCCACCUCCGUCAUGCAGGAGUUGAAUUGGUUUGUGAAGCUGUCCUGUGCCUGGAAGGAUGUCCAGUGGCUGCAGCAGGGAAUGGCCUCAGCUCUCUCCUCCUCCUCCUCAGUGCUGCAGACCAGACAGAAGAUCCUGCUGGCAGUGUCACAGCUACAGAGCGCGCUAGGCACUGCAGACCUGGGGCAGGUUUACUACGAACCCCUCCGAGACCAGCAGGGGAACAUGCUGUUGCUCACGCUGCACCCCUACCCCCUCCCCCAGCCCCCUGCCCCCCUGCACUGGACCUCCCUAGCCAGCUUCCAGAGGAGCCAGAGGAAGAGUAGCAUGGCCACAGGUCUGCUGCAGGAGCUCACUGCCAUAGACACACUCGCUGCACAGCUCAAGGAGAAGCUGGCCUAUCACAGGCGCAGCACCCAGACCACUCCCCCCGGGCUCUAUCUCGGCUUUCUAAAGCUCUACAGUUCCGUGGAGCAAAAGAUCCAGGUGCUGGUGCCUCAGAAACUGCCCAACCUGCUGUGCCACUGUCGGGUCCGAGAGAACAAGCAUGUCUCCCGAGUGGAGUGGGAGUGGCUGCAGGCCCUGUCCUCUCAGAACCAGCCAGUGGAUUUGAGGAGCUGCCCCCCCCAAACUCCUCCUAGUGUGUUUGUGAGGGAGCUGAGAGCCGCGGUCAUUCAGCUGCUCACCCAGCUCAGCAUCCCCCUCGCUAAGGCGCUGGAUUACCGUCUCUACACACAGGAAGUGCUGCAGUUCGGGGACAGUGUCUCCUUCCUGCUGCUGCUUCCGCACCCCGAGGAUAUCUGGUCCGCCCCGGGGCAGCACGGGAGAGUCAACGGCUUCCUGACACUGCCGCUGCACAUCUUUGAACUGGUUCACUUCUCUGCCUACGAGUCUGAGUUCUACUCAAGGUACUGCCAGGCCUCUGUGCUGCUGGAGCUGGACUCCAAGCUGUCUCAGCAGGCUCUGAGAGAGGCCCUGGACAAGAGGGAGGCACAGAGAGCCAAGGAGAGGCACACCCAGGUCAUGGUGCUCUCACAGCGUUUGGAGGAGCUGUGGCGGGAGGUGCGCUGGAUCACAGAUGCUCUGCACUGGUACAGACAGGGCUGCUGCGGAGCCCCUCUGCACUGCUUCAUGGAGGCCAGCGUUCACACCGACGCCGGAGUAAAACCAGACCCAGCCCUGGACUGCCCCCCGCCAGCACCCUCCAGCUCAGAGUUCAGCCAGGGGCCAGACUCCCCCCACAGCAGCUCUGAAGAGGAUGAGGUAUUCUGGCCGCUGUGUGGCAGCGACUCGGACUCACCACCCCAGCCCAGGAGCUCCAGGAGCCAGGUCCCCAGCCAGUACUACUCCCUGCGCCGGCCCGGGAAGGAACCCUGCAGAGGGGCCCGUCUGCCCGAGAGGAGCCUGGUGGAGUGGAUCAACGGCCCCCAGGACAGCUGAGAAACAGGAGUUGUGGAAUAGGUGGCUCACUAAUAUAAUGGGACAGUCUAUGAGUCUGUGAUCCUGUGGUACUGUAUUCCAGGCAGCUUAUUAAUAUAAUGGGACAGUCUAUGAACCUGUGGUACUGUAGUACAGGCUGCUCACUAACAUAAUGUGACAGUCUACAUGGGUGAAAGUGACCAAUGAUCAUUUUGACUGAAACUCCUGGGGCAAAACCAAUCUUCUGGCCCCCCAAAGCUCUGGGGUUGUACACAGUGGUGCUGUAACAAUUUUUAUAUUGGGGGUGCUGAAAGCCGUUGAACAAAACUGUAACCCCUGGAUAUGCAGGAGGAGAUGCACCCCCAGCACCCCUAGUUCCAGUGCCCCUGAUUGUACAUGCUCUCAGAUGCAUUCUGAACCAUUUUGGACCACUUUAAGAAGCAAAUUUUAACUUGACUUGUAGAAAAAGAAAUUACUUAACUUACAACUUGUCAUUUUUCCAGAUGGAUGAACCUGAUAAAUCACACAUGAGGCUGGUUAAACAUAAUUUUUGAAAUGUUACUGAUCAAACCUUUUACAUGUAUGUCCAAUUCACAUAAUAAUCAUUUUAUAAAACCUCAGCUGCAAAAUUCAUAUACAAUCUCUGCUUAACUCAAUCAGAUGCAGGGUUCAUACAGUUUUUCUGAUACAAAUUUCAAGGACUUUUCAAGAACCGUUUUGACAAAAAAAACUAAUUUAAGGAAUUAAAAAAUAAGCUUUUGCAUUAAUAGUUUAUUUACCUGUAUAAUAACAAAAAUCUAAAUUAUACUCACUUUGAGUAUAGAUAGAGCCACAUGUUUUUCGCAAAUACGAAAUAGCAUGAAAUAAAACAAAAUGAAACAUAUAAAUUGAAAUAAAACGAAAUGCAACAUAUAAAACGAAAUAAAAGGAAAAAUCAUUAUAAAGCAAACAUAGAAUACCAUUUUUAAUUUGGGACGUUUAUACAAAAAAUACUGUAAUGUUGAGCGGAAUUAAGUAGCCAGACGACUGCAGCAAGAUCUCGUUCUCUAAACAGCAGACUUUAUUCAGCAAGGGUCAGCACACAAUAACCCAGCCCACAGAAGUGUGCAAGCUGCCCCUUUAUACCGCAAAACCCAGUGAAAACAUGUAGCCUUUAGACAUAACAAGACAUACAAUGUAGACAUAACGAGACACGUUAUUGGACCCCACAAAUCGAACGAGGGACAAACGCAACACGAUUGGACAACAUUCACAAACAUUCAUUGUUUUAAACUAGUGAUAACACAAAGUACAGUAUAUCUAUAUAAAACAUAUUGUACUUUGCUGUGUAGAGGGGUUGGUCCCGUGGGUGGAAGCCAGAAUGGGGAAAAACAAAGAACAGAAACAAAAAGGUGCACAUUCUCUGAGAGAUAGGUAGUUAGUUGUUCAGUAAUCAGAAUUGUCAUGAAGUAAAAUUAAACUAAAAUAAAUAUGAAAAGAAAAUACACAGGGGCGCCGAAGCACCGAGGUACCGAGGCUAUGGAGCACCAGGGGCCCGAGGGUCUCUCGGGUACUGGGGUGCAAGACUACAAAGACCUCGAAGCAUCGAAUUGCUGAGGCAUACAGUCCUCGAGGUGCUGAGGGUGUCGAAACACGAGGCACCAAGGCUCUGGAGUGCAGGGGCCCGAAGCCACUGAGGGCGCAAUGCACGGAGCUCCUAAAGACUUGAGGCAUCAAAGCGCCGAGGGGUGGAGUCCUCGAGGCACCGAGGGCGUCGAAGUGCUGAAGUACCGAGGCUCUGUGGCAGUGUGCCACCGAAGGUGCCGCUGCACAGGCUUGAAAAACCUCGAGGUAUCGAGACGCCGAGGCGUGUAGCCCUUGAGGCACCCAGGUUGUAGAGCGUCGGGGCAUGAGGCCACUGAGGGCGCCGAAGCGCGGGGCUCGAAAGGCCUUGAGGUGUCGAAGCGCCGAGGCGUGUAGCUCUCGAGGCACCGACGAUGCCGAAGCACCGAGGCUAUUGAGGCUCCGAGGCACCGAGGACCCAAGGGUACCGCAGGCGUUGAGGCCUAGACACGGGUGCCAAAGCACCGAACACCAAGUACCGAGAGCAAAGCACCAAGGUACUGGGCUGCGUGUCUGUGUCUGGGCAACCAGAAAUAGCGCAAAGCUUGCAGUGGAGUGGAGCACCCAAGAUGGCGUCCAGACUGCGUGGAGCCCUCAACCGGUGCAGUAGUGCAGUCACGAACCUGGAGAAAGUAGAGAGACAGAAGAAAGAAAAAGAAAACACACCUGUUACCUUUUUUUUUUUUUUUUU